GAGCAACAGCGACGGGAACAUGACGAAACGGCACCGCGGAGGACGGACAAACUAGACUGAGAGACGGACGGACAGUCAGUCGCCUUUCCCCCCCUCUCCUCCUCCUCCUCCUCCUUCUCGGUGACUGCUUGACUGACACACACAGGCGCUUGGCACAGACAGGGACAUACAUGCACACCAUCCACUUUUUGCAAACACGCAAGCUGCGCAUUGGAGCGGACAGUAAUUGGGCAGCGGAGAUCCACAGCAGAUGAGGGCAUUUCAUGUCCACCCUAUCCAGGAAUCACUGUGACCCCGACGGAAAGGAGUUUGACUUGACAGGAUGGGGGGAGUAAGCGAGGGAGAUGAUGUGCUGGCUCGAUGGAGUGAUGGACUACUGUACCUCGGGAAUGUGAAAAGAGUAGAUGGAGUCAAGCAAUGUUGUCUGGUGAGAUUUGAGGACAACUCUGAGUUCUGGGUACUGAGGAAGGACAUACACUCAUUCGCUGCUGGAGUGGAAGAAGUUUGCUGUAUUUGUGACGCUCCACCUCUUAAAGAACCCCUCAUAAAUUGUCUUAAAUGUCGCCACGGUUAUCAUCCAGAGUGCCACACACCAGCCAUUGAACCGGAAGCUGACAGCGAUUCGUGGAUAUGUCGGCAAUGUGUCUUUGCAGUUGCAACCAAGAGAGGAGGGGCCCUGAAACGAGGGCGUUUCGCCCGGCUCAUGCAGUUCAUGAAACUCCGGCUCCCUUACCAGCUGUCGUCUUUAGACUGGGACCCGCAGCAUCUGACCAAUCAGCAGCAGUGUUACUGCUACUGUGCUGGACCUGGAGAGUGGAACCUGAAGAUGCUGCAGUGUGCCAGCUGUGGUCAAUGGUUCCACGAGGCCUGUACACAGUGUCUAACCAAGCCAUUGUUGUAUGGUGACAGGUUUUAUCAGUUCCAGUGCUCAGUUUGUGCAAAGGGACCAGAGACAAUCCAAAGACUACCCAUGACUUGGGUGGAUUUGGCUCAUUUAGUGCUCUACCAUCUCUCGCUGUGCUGCAAGAGGAAAUACUUUGAUUUUGACCAUGAAAUUCUGUCCUUCACCAAUGAGAAUUGGGACUCGUUGCUCCUGGGCGCGCUCUCUGACACGCCAAGGCAAGACCGCUGUCACAAUCUCCUCAACGCUCUAAACUCCCACAAGGACAGGUUUGUCUCUGGAAAAGAAAUCAAGAAGAAGAAGUGUCUUUUUGGGCUUCAGGUCCGAGCUCCCCCUCCGCUGAUGUCUGACUCAUCACCCCUCAUCACUGAUCCGCCUAUCAACAUCGCCCACCGGAGAAGCCCGUUGUCUCUACCCUGCCAGAGAAGAGUGGGGGGGCCAGAGUCACGCAAAUCAAAGCGUCGCAUCAUGGAGACACAGGCCUGUCCACCCCAAGUUGCCGCCAACCCUGUUGAGUUACUACCAUGUUGCCAUGGCUACAUGGGAGGGGCCAACCUUUACAACUCCAGGAAGUCAGAGGAGGAGCUUAAUGUGAGCUCUCCUCCCAAGCGGAUGUACGCUCUGUACCACACAACCUACAAUGGAAAUACUGCAUUCUCCAGGAGUCUUCAUCACUACAACAGUGUGGAAGACACCUGCAGGUUACCACCAACGUGUUUCUCUUAUCCAAUAAACUCCAGUGGCAACCACAACCAGCACCAUCUCCAACAGCACCAACACCACCACCAACACCAGCCAGGGCAAAAGCAGCUAGAGCCGCUCGUCCUACGCGACGUACCCCCUUAUCAGGCUGGCAUGGGUGGGGGGGGUGGAGCAGGCGGAGGAGGAGUGGGGAUGGGCGUGGGAGGUGGGGAUGGGACUGUGAAUAGGAGCUGGGGUGGAGGGGAAGCGGUGAGGAUCUUGGCAAGACGUGUCACACCAGAUGGGAAGGUGCAGUACCUGGUGGAGUGGGAGAACGUGAGUUUGUACUGAGGCAAAGAGACUGUUUUACAGUUGCCACGGAACCACUGUGUAUUCAAAAUGUGGCAUUGUACAAAAAAAAACAAAAAAAAAACAAAAAAGAUCCCUACACGAUGCAGAUCCAGGUUGCUCUCAUAGUAUCACCUCUAUUCUACAUCAUUAUAACCUCACUACUCGUUACUAAAUGUCCCUCUUUGCUAGUGUUUCUCUGAUAUUUGUACUGUUAACUUUGGAAUAUGCCUUUACAUUGAUCAUGUUUUACUGUGAUGAGGGAAACUAUUUCAACCUCCUGAUGAUUUGUAGGUGAUUGGGCUGAAGUAGGAAAGAAAUAGCUGCAAUUACUUAUGGAGAAAAUGCACAAGUUUGGAGAAGAACUUAAAUAUUUUAGUUUACUUGAGGUUUAUUUGUGUUUUUAUGUCAUACUGUCAACAGUAUGUCAACAGUACAGAAAAUGGAUUACUUAGUAUGAAACCUGGAUGCCUUAAAGGUUUUUCCUGGAUCAGUCCAUAGUUAAGUAAAUUACAAUUUUUUCCUUUUCUUUUUUUUGUUAGUUUA